GGCGCGCUCCGGACGGCGGCGGCGCGCAGGGCCGCCGUGGCGGGAGAAGCGCUUCCGGUGGCGGCGGAGGCGGCGCUGAGCGGGUCCCCAGAGCGGCGCGGGCUGUGGCCGGGGGGGAGCGAUUUUUACUUGCGUGUCUCCAGCUUUUCUCUUCCUUUGCCCAUCCGCAGUUUGCUGAGCUGCUUCCAUGUUCCAGGCACUGUAAUAGGUGCAAGGCGGGUAUACAGUCCAGGACAAUGUCUGGAGAACUUCCACCAAACAUUAACAUCAAGGAGCCUCGAUGGGAUCAAAGCACUUUCAUUGGACGAGCCAGUCAUUUCUUCACUGUAACUGAUCCCAGGAAUAUUCUGUUAACCAACGAACAACUAGAGGAUGCAAGGAAAGUAGUGCAUGAUUACAGGCAAGGAAUUGUUCCUCCGGGUCUCACAGAAAAUGAGUUAUGGAGAGCCAAGUACAUCUAUGAUUCAGCUUUUCAUCCCGACACUGGUGAAAAGAUGAUCUUGAUAGGAAGGAUGUCAGCUCAGGUUCCAAUGAACAUGACCAUCACAGGUUGUAUGAUGACAUUCUAUAGGACCACACCGGCAGUGCUGUUCUGGCAGUGGAUCAACCAGUCCUUCAAUGCCGUGGUCAAUUACACCAACAGAAGUGGAGAUGCUCCCCUCACUGUAAAUGAACUGGGAACAGCUUAUGUUUCUGCAACAACAGGUGCUGUAGCGACAGCUCUAGGACUCAAUGCAUUAACCAAGCAUGUCUCUCCACUCAUAGGACGCUUUGUUCCCUUCGCUGCGGUAGCUGCUGCUAAUUGCAUUAAUAUUCCAUUAAUGAGGCAAAGGGAACUCAAAGUUGGCAUUCCUGUCACAGAUGAAAACGGGCACCGCCUGGGCGAGUCGGCAAACGCCGCUAAACAAGCCAUCACGCAAGUAGUCGUCUCCAGGAUCCUCAUGGCGGCCCCCGGCAUGGCCAUCCCUCCCUUUAUCAUGAACACUUUGGAAAAGAAAGCCUUUCUCAAGUCCACGCCUCUCUCCCUUCACGUUCACCCAUGUGAUGUACCUCUUCGCCAGAGGAGUCUGCUCGGGGACCAGGAGGUUCCCAUGGAUGAGCGCGCCUAUUCAAGUUGGAUUAGUUGGCUUCUGUUUGGUAUUUGCUACACCUCUGUGCUGUGCUCUGUUUCCUCAGAAAAGUUCCAUGUCUGUGACAAGCUUGGAGGCCGAGCUGCAAGCCAGGAUCCGAGAGACCCAUCCUGAAUUACGGCGCGUGUACUUUAACAAGGGAUUAUAAAGUAGGGAAAGAAACAUCUUCAGAGGAUCCUACCAACCACAAGUGUGGUGUAGCCAAGUUGGUAAGGAAUAUCCUGGUUCUGGUCGACAGGUAACAGAUACCUUUUAACGAUCCACGUUAGCCUUUUAGAGUCAAGCUGCUACUUCUAGCACAGCACCUGGGGUGGCCUCCCCUUACAUUUGAAUCAUGGUACAAUUUACAGAAACACCCUUCCUGUAGCUUUUAUAGUCACUGUUUUUUCAAAGACAAUAUCCCAACCCUCACCCAGAGUUUUCAAAAGCACCGCUAGGCAUAGAGUAGAUGUUCAGUAUAUUGACUGUCAGUCAAUGAAAAGGAAAUCUGUUUAAAAUACUGAAUUUUUAUCCUACUCUUGUUUCAAAUCAAGGAGAGCUCAGUAGUGAGUUGAGAAAACACAAAAGCUCUGAAGCUAAACUGUAAAAGAAAAUGACUCGUAAAUAUUAAGGACAGUUUACUUUCCUGCCCAGUUCGGGCUGGAGGCGACCCGAAGUAGAUGAUGAGUUCUUUGCAUUUGUAGGAUAAAAGCUCCUUCAUACACCUCCCGGAAGUCAGAGUGAUAGACAAUUGUGAAAGGUCCCUGCUGUCAACAGCUGUAUGCUUUCGUAUUGCUGGUGGAUUUCUUCGGUUGAGUUUGAAAUUUAUUCUAUUUUACAUUCUUAUGAAGAUAUCAAUCUUACCUUGCACUUGUUGACUUUAUAUUCAAUCAUUUAAAUCAACUAAUCAAAUAACGGAAAUGCACAAAUGUCAAAUUUUGGAAGUAUAUUCGAAACCAACGCUGUAUGACUGGGUUGAAUCUGGCGUGUUUGAUUUUUUUUUUUUUUAGAA